GCAUCGGUGUUGUUGGCUUUAUACACCUUUUAAGCAACAGCUAAUGUAACACAAACUGUUGGAGUAACUCAUGUAGACAUGUAAUACAUUGUUGGCAUACAUUCUUUAUCCACUGCGAAGAACGACUCAUAACACUGAGAAGCGAAGACUCUCCAUGUCCAAUGCAAAUGUACAUUUCGUUCCAUUUUGUUUUGUGACGUCAUAUCCUUGUUUUCUUUCAAGUGUCUUUAUGACGUUUUUGUUUGGCCCUUUGGUGUGAAAUUUGACUAUUUAAAUAUUUUUCUUGGCUCAAUUAAGUUUGAGAAACGCCGUUUUAGGGAAGCUAUGACGAGGAGGAGAAAAAAAUAAUAAUCUCCUCGGUCAUUUUUCUACGUGCUUUACGGUAAUGGCGGCUGGAGGAGGAGUUGGGAGCUACUUGUUGUGAGGGCGAAGAAGGAGGCGGCUCAUUCAAUACGAGAAUCUAACUGGCGUGUAGACGAACAUUUGGACUUUUCCCGUUCGGACGGUCUCACGCCAGCAUGUGUGCUGCGUGUUGAAGAAAGAGGACAAAUAAGAAACCGAAGCGAUUAGGUGCCAUCUUUGUCAGGACUUAUUGGCGUGUUCUGAUGCUGUCCCCGGACCAUGAGAGAAGGACUCGCCAUGAAGUUCGCCUGGAAAAGUAAAAUGAGCUCCGUGCAGGACUGGGGGGAGGAAGUGGAGGAAGGCGCCAUCUACAAUGUGACGCUCAAGAGGGUUCAGAUUCAACAGGCGGCCAACAAAGGCGCAAGAUGGCUGGGGGCCGAAGGCGACCGCUUGCCUCCCGGCCACACGGUCAGCCAGCUGGAGACCUGCAAGAUCCGAAGCAUCCGCGCCGGCACGCUGGAGCGUCUGGUGGAGACGCUGCUGACGGCGUUCGGCGACAACGACCUCACGUACACGUCCAUCUUCCUGUCCACCUACCGAGCCUUCGCCAGCACGCAGACGGUGCUGCGUCUGCUGCUUGACAGAUAUGGGAGCGCAGAAGAAAACGAGCCCGCCGCCAAAAAAAGCCAAGUGUCUGAAACCAACGGCGCCAUCAGAAAUGCCUUAGCCUCAAUCCUGCGCGCCUGGCUGGACCAGUGUCCCGAAGACUUCCAGGAGCCUCCGGACUACCCGUGCCUCCGCAGGCUGAUGGACUACCUGCGCGGGGCCCUGCCCGGAUCCGAGGCCCUGCGACGUGCCGAAGGGCUGCUGGAGCAGCUGCGGAUCCAAGCCAGCGUGGACGAGCCUGACGCCGGUUUCCACGGCAAUAGCCCCUUCUGUCUCCAGGAGGACGAAGCCGACAAUGAGGUCCAGGAGGACUUCCUGUCGUUUGAGUCCGACCUGGUCGCCGAGCAGCUGACCUACAUGGACGCGCUGCUGUUCAAAAAAGUGGUCCCGUACCACUGCCUGGGCUCCAUUUGGUCCCAGAGGGACAAGAAACACAACAAACACAGCGCCCCCACCGUCCGGGCCACCAUCACGCAGUUCAACGCCGUGGCGGCCUGCGUGGUCAGCACCGUGCUGAGGCACCGGCAGAUCCGGCCGCACGUCAGGGCCAGGGUCAUCCAGCGCUGGAUUGACAUCGCUCAGGAAUGUCGCAUCCGUAAAAACUUCUCCUCCCUGCGAGCCAUCGUGUCGGCACUGCAGUCCAAUCCUCUGUACAGGCUGAAGAGGGCGUGGAACUGCGUGCACAAGGACAGCAUGCAGACGUUUGAGGAACUGUCUGACAUCUUUUCCGAUCACAACAACUACCUGACCAGCAGGGAGCUCCUCAUGAGGGAAGGUACUUCAAAGUUUGCCAGUCUGGAGAGCGGUGCCAAGGAGCAUCAGAAACGCACCCACAAGAGACUCCAGCUGCAGAAGGAAAUGGGAGCCAUGCAGGGAACCAUACCUUACUUGGGGACCUUCCUGACGGACUUGACCAUGCUCGACACGGCGCUUCCUGACCUCGUGGAGGGUGGUCUCAUCAACUUUGAGAAGCGACGAAGGGAGUUUGAAGUGAUGGCUCAGAUCAAGCUGCUGCAGUCGGCCUGUAACAGCUACUGUCUGACUCCAAAUCGGGUGUUCCUGCGCUGGUUCAAGAGACAAACUCAGCUCGGCGAGGAGGAAAGCUAUGCCCUGUCAUGUGAAAUCGAAGGCCUCGGCGAUAGCAGCCCGACGUCACCCAAGCCCCGAAAAAGUAUGGUCAAGAGGCUCAGCCUGCUGUUCCUGGGGGCGGACACCAGUGCGUCCACUUCUCCUGCGCGCGAGACGCCGCGCUCGCCACCAACUGGCAGCUCGGGGGAGAGCAUGGACUCGGUCAGCGUGUCCUCCAGUGACUCCAGUAGCCCCUCGGACAGCGAGGGGCUCACACCCACCCACGGCGCAGACCUCCGGAACAAGCUGUCCGAGUCUUCUUCUUGCACUUCGCUCCAUUCCAUGGACACGGGCUCAUCCAACACCAGCGUGGCAACGACGCCCGUGUCCCCGCCGCUUCCGGGACCGCCGUGCACCCACCGACGCUCGGCGUCUCUCACGCCCAUGUCGCCCUCGUCCCCCGGCCAAACGCCGGCGUACAACACGCAGGCCCAGGACGCCUGCAUCGUCAGAGUCAGCCUGGAGCACGGCAACGGAAACCUCUACAAGAGCAUCCUGCUGACGAGUCAAGAUAAGACGAGGGCCGUGAUUUCCAGAGCCAUGGCCAAGCACAACCUGGAGCAGGAACCGGAGGACGGCUACGAGCUGGUGCAGGUCAUCUCUGACGAGCGAGAGCUGAUCAUCCCGGAGAACGCCAACGUCUUCUACGCCAUGAACACGUCGGCCAACUUCGACUUCCUGCUGCGCCUGCGCGGCUCGGUGGCGCGUGGCGGCGCGCCGAUCCAGAUGCGCGCGCGCUGCAGCUCCACGCUUCCACGGACGCACCACCACCACCGCUCCAGCCUGUCGCUACGACUCAGCAAAGUCACACUGUGAACGCAACACGCCACUCUGGAACACCGGACGGACGCCCCGCUCCAAAAAAACAUUUGCUCACGAUAUAUCCUAAUGGUAAGCAUUAGUUCAAUUCUAUUUUCCACGCGGAGGACUGUGGACGAACUGAAAGCGUGGCCUGCCUGCGGCUGACUGGGACCGAUGAUGCCUGUCUGAGGAACAGAGGAGGAAACAGCGACCCGGCGUGGCGUCCUUGUGUUACUGCAACUUGCAUUUGCGCAUGGCCGAUGAUGCCUGUCUGAGGAACAGAGGAGGAAACAGCGACCCGGCGUGGCGUCCUUGUGUUACUGCAACUUGCAUUUGGGCAUGGCUGAGAUAUAAAAAAAAAGGGGGGGGGGGCGCGGAGCCUGUCCAAACCUCCUGAGCGCCAACUACAGUAUUCUCUGAACAUCAUCCUCGUUAUUAUUAUUAUUAUUUUUAAUAUUAUUAUUGUUAAAAUUAUUACUGUAGAACAUUUUUGGGACCUACAACAGUCUUCAUGUAGGACUGUGUGUGUGUGUGUGUUUUGUGAGUGUAUGUGUGAGAGUUGGUGAAGUUGAGAGUAUAGUAAUAUGUAUGUGUGAGAGGGAGUAGCUGCUUGUGAGUGACAGGGUGCGGUUGUGAGUCUGAAGUGUGAAUGUAGUAGUGUGUGUGUGUGUUUAUGUGGAGCGUGAAAGUGUGUACAUGAGAGUAUUUGCCAGGGAGCGAGUGGACACGUUAGAGAGUUGCGUGAGGGUGUGAGUGUGGGUGAAAGUGAGACAGAGUAGUUGGUGUCUCAAAGUCGCUGCAUGUGAGAGAGUGUGUUUGUGAAUAUGUGAGUUUUUAAGUGUCACAGUGAGAGCGGGUGGAUUGACAAAGUGAGUGUCCGCACACGCAGUCAAGUGUUUUUUGCGAGAGAGGUUCCAAAUGAGAGUGCGGGUGACGAUGAGAGUAAACGGCAAGCGAGUGUUUUAGUGAGAAAGUGCGCAUGAAUGUGUGAGUGAUUGAAAGUGAGUGUUGGAGUCUGGACGAGAGAGGGAGCCGCAUGGCGAACGGCCAUCGUGGCCUUCUGAUUGGUUGUCCUCGAGCGUCCUUGCUCUCGGUUGGUCCACGUCACGCGUGAGACGAACCACACGGUUUUUGCACUUGUCACUUGGGCCGGGAUGUGAAAACACAACAUGGAAAUGUCAGUGUUGCUUUUUUUUUUACGAUCACGCUUAGUCAGGGGGGAGCCUCACGAAGGAUUUUCAAGAAGAAGAAGAAAAAAGAUCAAAUGUGAUGCCUUUGCAAAAAAAAAAAAACUCCACAGCAGCGCUCAACAAACUGUGACGGACGCGCCAAGAGAAUCAAAUUCUGUCAUUUUAAAGGGGGAGGGGCUUGGGGGGGGGGCAUUUCAAGUCAUUGCCAGACCCGUUUAGGGAGGAAAGCAAUACAAUAAGUUGUAUUGUUACGAGAAUACGUUUUUCACGUAACACUACAAAAAGACCAGAACAAAACUAUUUUUUUUUCAUGCCGAGUCAAGUCAUAUUACGACGAAAAAGGCAUCAAAAGGCACCUCAGCAAAACGAGACCUCCCCACCUCUCAUUUUCUGAACCCGAUUUUCUUGAGUUUUCACCUAGCUUAGCGCGUAAAAAACAAACAAACAAAAAAAAUCUGAUAUUUCAAGCUGCUACACUUCACACCGAAAAGUGCUGCUGUGGAGGAAAACCAAGUUGAAAAGCGGCGCCUCGGUAGCCUAACGUGUCGGGGAUGUCGACACGACGUCGAUGACGAGUGUAAACAUUGGGCCUUCAAGGUGGACUCGGUCACCUUUGAGGGUCCGCGCAGCACUUGGAUGCAAAAUCAAACUGUCGAUUGCCAAAGACGCUUCACUCCUCCUACCUGAACAAAUAAAUUAUUCAUUCUCAAUAUUGAA